AUGUCCAGUAGCACUCCCAUUGCAAAGGCAAACAACACGAUUCGUAUGCUUGAUCAAGACCAUGGAGAUGUGUUUUGCAGGGCAUUUUCGAAUCUGUUGUCAACCGACAUCGCCGAGCAUACAUAUGCUCAGAUCCUGGAUGGGCUACCAACUGAAGAUUCACUCUUGGAGGGAUCCCCUUAUAUAGAAGGCCACCCUGUUUCUGAGUUGGAGCACACUCGGAUCUGUGAGGGAUUUCUUGAAAAGUCACGUCGAAUGCGUGCAGCUCUUAACCCGUAUGAUCUACAGUUUGAUGAAUAUGUCGCUGUCUACCUCUUCAAUCUUGACGAUGGAGUACACAAGCACCAGCUAUAUGAGGACUGGGCACAACAACGCCAAAUGGAGCAAGUUUUGGCAUCGGAAGUCAGAGACGUUAUUCCACCCUGUGCGUUUUUCCAUACAUCAUACUACUAUUUCGACCAAUAUCCCCAAGGACUUGCAGAUGUCGUUGGAUACUGGGCAGAAGGACAGAUUUUCGGGGGCGUUGUCGUCUUUGACCGCAGAGAGACCGAGUCAGAGUGCAAAUCUAUGUGGAUACAUGGAGCCCGAUUGAGAGGUCCAAGGACUCUUUAUCCGCCCACACCAGAUCAAUUCGACUCUCUCAUCAACUUUUUACUAUCUGAUCCAAAAGAAGGGGCUACUUGCCCUUUGCCGAUCCAUGGGACCAACGAGAAUCGCCCCCGGUGGCAUCCGUAUGAUGCACUCGCAAAGUAUCACAUUUUCCGCGACAAGUACAUAGUCCGUAACACGGAGUAUAUACGGAGAGAAGGAGGAAUAGUUACUGACGAGGAGAUUGCAGCUGCAUCGGCGCGCCUGAAAGAGGUGACCCCCUCGUCGCCUUGCUGGCAUCCAAGUCUUGAGAAACAUAAAUGA